AACCGUCUAAAAUUCCAAGCCAAGACUCCGAAUGCGAAACACCUCCACCUUCCCUCAGUCUUCAUAAACGCGGAUUCACUCGAUUGCAAACAAGCAACUCGCGUUCCCGCCGUCUGUAACAUUUUUCCGUAUUAAAGGCUUGAAGCCUUCUUCUCUCUCGUCUAUGUAGAGAGAACAAGACCAGAAAAUAAAGACAAUCAUCUCAUCUGAAGGGGGGGAAUCUGUAAUGGUUGUCAUGGCGAAGUCGAAGAACAGCAACCAGAAACUCUCUUACAUCUCAGUUCCGUCGCAGGUUAUCCAUUCUCUCUCGUCUACGUCUCUUCAAUCUCUCCUUCUCUCACCGAAGAAGUCUUCCAGGAACGCCAACAGGUUUUUCAACACCGCGAGGAACCCAAGAUUCUGGUUUUCCGUUCUGUUUCUCUUUGCUUUCGUCGGAAUGUUGAGGUUGGGCUUCAAUCUGGAGCCACUAUUGCCUUUCUCGCCCAACCCAUGCUUCGUUGGUCAGCCACAGACGCUAAUCUCGAGGAAGGACUCGGUUACGCAGAUGGGUCUAGGAUCAAAUGCUGGGGACGUUCGCCAGGAAGAGGAGGACGGUGAGGAAACAGAGUUUUGGAAGCAGCCAGAUGGUUUGGGUUAUCGACCAUGCUUAGAUUUCAGCGGUGAGUAUCGGAGGUCGAGCGAAGUGAUUGUGAAGGACCGGAGAAAGUAUCUGCUGGUUGUGGUUUCUGGUGGGAUGAAUCAGCAGAGGAAUCAGAUAGUUGAUGCCGUUGUGAUUGCUCGGAUUCUUGGUGCUGCUCUGGUCGUUCCAAUCUUGCAAGUCAACGUGAUCUGGGGAGAUGAAAGUGAGUUCUCUGAUAUAUUUGAUUUGGAUCAUUUCAAAAAAGUUCUGGCUAAUGACGUUCGGAUAGUUUCAUCGUUGCCGUCGACGCAUCUGAUGACAAGACCCGUAGAAGAGAAACGGACUCCUCUUCAUGUCACCCCUCAGUGGAUUCGACAACGCUACCUCAAGAGGUUGAACAGGGAGGGAGUUCUGCUUUUAAGAGGUUUGGACUCGAGGCUCUCCAAGGAUCUUCCUUCUGACCUUCAGAAACUUCGAUGCAAGGUGGCUUUUCAUGCACUGAGGUUUGCCCCACCUAUUUUGGAUCUUGGAAAUAAGCUAGCUGAGAGAAUGCGAGCCAAGGGGCCAUACCUUGCUCUUCAUCUACGCCUGGAGAAAGAUGUUUGGGUGAGGACAGGUUGUCUUCUUGGAUUGAGCCAUGAAUAUGAUGAAAUCAUCAACAAUGAGAGAAAGUUGCGACCAGAGUUACUUACAGCAAGGUCAAAUAUGACAUACCAUGAUCGCAAGCUUGCAGGACUCUGCCCCUUGAAUGGCUUAGAAGUUAUGAGGCUGCUUAAAGCUCUUGGAGCUCCACGAAAUACAAGGAUAUAUUGGGCAGGAGGGCCACCGUUUGGUGGCAAAGAAGCAUUGCUGCCUUUAACCAGAGAAUUUCCACAUUUCUACAACAAGGAUGAUAUUGCUCUGCCGGGUGAAUUGGAGCCAUUUGCAGACAGAGCUUCAGUCCUGGCUGCUAUUGAUUAUAUAGUUUCCGAGAACAGUGAUGUCUUCAUGCCAUCUCAUGGGGGGAACAUGGGCCAUGCAAUCCAGGGACAUAGGGCCUAUGCAGGGCACAAGAAGUAUAUUACUCCAAACAAAAGACAGAUGCUCCCUUACUUUCUAAACUCUUCUCUUCCGGAAUCUGAGUUCAACAUGAUUAUAAAAGACUUGCACCGUGACUCCUUAGGGCAGCCAGAACUUAGGACAAGCAAGGUUGGGAGAGAUGUGACCAAGUAUCCCAUCCCUGAAUGCAUGUGUAAUGACACAAACACAAGAUCCUUCUCAUGAUUCAAAUAUGGAACAUUUCCUUUACCGUGGAAGCAGAUUGCAACAGGUUGUUUCAUCAGAAACUCAUGGCAUCAAUGCCUUGGGAAUGCGAGAAGUUCUCACUUUUUAAUUUAAGGUGUGCGGCUUCUUAACAAUCAUUUUUGGAAGGGCGUCUUCUGCAAAUACAUAUUCAUGCAUACACAUACAUCACCCACAUGUGUAUGUAUGAAUGUGUAAAUGAGAUGGAUAUCUCUGUAAAAUAACUAUAUAAAAGGAAAGCCUUUGUUGUUUCAAUUUUUUUAUUCUUUAUUUAUAUGUAGGGGAAUUUUGUGUAGAUUUUUUAUUUAUUUCUUUUUCAUUCUUUUACCCACGUUUUAUACGUGUAUAUUUGUAAAGAAUAGUAUUUUAUUGAGGUAAUAUUUA